AUGAAGAGGUUUGGGACUCAAAACCCAAUUCUCGUGUCGUUUCUUCUUGUUCUGCUGCUCUUCACCUCCAACUGUUUUGCUUCUACUCAAAACGACGACGUUAAAGAAUCCAGGUCCGCGCAUGAGCGGGUUAGGGACUGGGUCCGGGUCGGGUUGGUCUUGGAUUUGGGUUCCGUGGAAGGGAAGAUGGUGGGAAGCUCUGUUUCCAUGGCGCUUUCCGAUUUCUACGCCGUUAACAGCGAUUACCGAACUAGAAUCUCUCUCUCACUCAGAAACUCUCACGGCGAGCCUCUCCUUGCUCUCGCUUCUGCUGUAGAUCUGCUGCACACUGAAAAAGUGGAAGCGAUUAUUGGCGGGAACUCUUUCCUGGAAACGAAGCUUCUGGCGGAAAUUGGGGAGAAAGCUACGGUUCCUGUGAUUUCACUUAACUCUCCGAUUUCAUCAUCGUUGAGCAAAUACAGUCAUUUGAUCCAAGCGACGCAUGAUUCUGUCUCCGAGGCAAAAGGAAUCGCAGCUUUCAUCCAUGGAUUUGAUUGGAACAGUGUUGCUCUUGUUUACGAGGAUGACGAUGAUUGGAGAGAGAGUAUGCAACUACUUGUCGACCAUUUCCAUGAGAGCGGCGUUCGUGUACAGUCCAAGGUUGGUUUUACAGUCUCUUCGAGUGAUGAUUUCGUGACGGAUCGGUUAAGGAAGCUGAAGGAUUUGGGAGCGACGGUCUUUGUGGUGCACUUGUCUGAGGUUAUUGCAACUCGUCUCUUCCCUUGUGCUGAGAGGUUGGGGAUGAUGAGUGAAGGGUUUGCUUGGAUCCUCACUGCCAAAAGCAUGAGCAGUUUCCAUGAGAAGAGUGGCGACUUUGCAAAAGAGGCAAUGGAAGGUGUGGUUGGUUUCAAGUCUUAUAUUCCAAUGUCAAAAGAGCUUCACAAUUUCACUUCGAGAUGGAGAAGAUCAAUGCCUGUGGAAGAAGAAGAAACUGUUGGGGAGAUAACUCGGUUGAGCAUCUCUAGCGUAUGGGCUCAUGAUGUGGCUUGGGCUCUGGCGAGAGCAGCAGAAGUUUCAAGGAUGCCAAAUGUAUCAACAACUCUUCUUGAGGCAAUCACAGAGUGUAGGUUUAAGGGUUUGAGUGGUGACUUCCAAUUAGAUAAUAAGAAGCUGUUGUUGUCAGGCAAGUUUGAGAUUGUGAAUUUGAUAGGAUCAUCAGGUGAGAGAAGGGUAGGUUUCUGGAAUUCUAAUGGUAGUUUCAGCAAUAGAAGACUUUUGUCUUCUAUUACUCAUGAUCAGCUGGAGACCAUAAUUUGGCCUGGUGGGUCUGCUCAAAGUCCAAAAAGGCGCAAUCUUGGAGAGAACAAGAAUAAAAAGCUGAGGGUUUUGGUUACAUCUAGCAACAGAUUCCCAAGGCUGAUGAAUGUGACGACUGAUGAAGGUGGAAAUGUUAAAACUGUCGAAGGGUUCUGUAUGGAUGUCUUUCGUGCUUCCAUGGCACCUUUCAACUAUGAAUUUGAGUUUAUACCAUGGCUCCAUGGACCGAAUUACACCAAUCUUUCAUAUACACUUUAUAGCCAGAAAGACAAAUAUGAUGCGGCUGUGGGAGAUAUAACAAUCACUUCCAGUAGAUUGGAGUUUGUUGAUUUUACGAUGCCAUUCACCGAGAUUGGUCUUGGAAUUGUAGCACCAAAGGAGAGAAGUAUGUGGGUCUUCUUCCAACCUCUUACAACCGACCUUUGGAUAACAAGUGCGGCUUUCUUUGUCUUGACGGGGGUUAUAGUUUGGUUGAUAGAAAGACCUGAGAACCCUGAGUUCCAAGGAUCUUGGCCUAAACAGAUUGGAGUUAUUUUCUGGUUUGGCUUCUCUACUCUUGUUUAUGCUCACAGGGAGAGGCUAAAACACAACCUAUCAAGAUUUGUAGUUACAGUUUGGGUAUUUGCAGUGCUCAUACUGACUGCAAGUUACACUGCGACGUUGACAUCAAUGAUGACUGUCCAACAGAUACGAUUCAACUCAAAUAAAGACUUUGUGGGUCACAUGUCGGGGUCUCACAUCGCAAAUACGGCACUCACCAGUUCCAGCCUCCGAGAAAUAAGAUCCAAGGGUCUCCAAAGCGCUGAAGAAUAUGCUCAAGCCUUGUUUAAUAAAAGUGUCCAAUAUGUUGUCGAUGAGCUGCCAUAUCUCAGAGUCCUCCUUGGCGAGAAUCCUGAAAAGUUUCUCAUGGUCAAGACACAAUGCACCACCAACGGUUUCGGCUUUAUGUUUCAAAAGGGAUUCGAGUUGGUGGCUAAUGUGUCCAGGGAAAUCGCCAAUCUGAGGGCAGAAGAGAGGCUAAUCGACAUGGAGAGAAGAUGGUUCCAGAAACAACUUCCAUACACAACCGAUGAUACAUCAGAUCCUAUAUCGCUUUACAGGUUCCGCGGUUUGUUUAUGAUCACGGGAGUUUCAUUCGCUUUCGCUCUUGCAGUGCUAUUCAUUCUCUGGCUCCGUGACCAGUGGGAGGUUCUUGUGAAUUCCUUCAACAUAUUCAUCUCGCAACGACUUGUACAUUUCAAGAUUCUCUUCGCAAGAACUAUCCAUCCUGCUCCCCUCGAUGAUGCCAUUGGCGAGAAUGCGGUUCAAAUGGCUCAACGUAACAGACUGUAG